AAAAGCAUUCUCUCUCUCCGCCCAUCGAGAUCGCUGGUGAUCGCCGCAAGUCGGUGACGUGCGCUCAUGCGGGUAGGGUCUGUCUACAUGGGUGUAGUGAAGUAAACUGGCCGUCUCUCGUUUAUUUUUGUUGCAUAUUACAACAAAAAGAGGGAGAGACACCUAUAAUCCGUUCGCAAAGAAUUAGAAUUGUGAUAGCAGUUGCGGCAACGCUGGGACAUACUCUUGAAAAUUCAAACGUUUCUGCCGUUGCUUUUUCUCUCGCACAAACAAGCACCAACACGCUUGCGAGACGAGAGGAGACGUGUUGUGUAUAUAUAUAUAUAUAUAUAUAAACGUGUGUAGAGCUCUUCAUGUUCUCUCGAGUGUUUAUUAUACGUGCCGCAGAAAGCAGAGAAGAAACGAAACGAACAAAAGAAAACGGCCGCACGUAUACAGAAAAGAAGCGAAAGGAGAAUUUCAAGUGGUGAUAGGUAUAUCAACGGCUAGUGUCCUUUUUUUCGCGUCACCAAAGAUAAAAGCGUCGACUAUAUCUCCGAUGAGCCGCAGCAGCAGCAGCAGUUUGUUUUACAACGGCAGCAGUGAAGGACGUUGACUGGUUUUUUUUUUACGAAUUGGAAGGCUGGAAGAAGAGAAAAGAAAGCGAACCAACGUCUAUGACGCCUUAGGAGGUAAUCCAUUCUUUUAUCCCAGGCACGAAUUCAACGCACACCGGGAAACCCAUGUGCGACUUUGAGGUUAAGUUCCGGAAAAGCGAAAGUGCAAAGGAAAUCGGGGCCAGGAACCUGAGAGGAAGUCUCGCCUUUGCAGCCGCUUCGACGAGGUAGCUCUCGAUGAUGCUUUGCUGCUGAAAGAUUCGGGGACGACGAAGCAACUUUUGAAUAACAAAAUGUAUGACGAGAUAUUCAAAGUUUUCGAUGUAGUAAAAAGCCACUUUCGCAAAAAUGGUAAUACAUCAUUUGAAGAAUCAUCUGUAUUUGAGCUUUUGGAGAAUUUAUAUCCUGUAUAUGGGGCGGCUCAAACGAUAGCAAUUGUAACAGGCGUGCAAGAUGCCCAAAGGAUAAGAAACUGUGAGGAUUCUUCUAAUGAGUCCAAAGUAGAAAUUUUGGAAAGUGACAAAUCAAACGAUGCCGACAGUAUUAUUGAAGUUGAAGUACCACAAAAGAUUCAUCCUGUUGUUGACUUGAUAAGUAAUUCACCUGAAUCAGAUGAUGCUGUUAUUGUUGAAAAUUCAACUAAUCAGAAUGUUCAAAAUAUUAUAGAAAAUAAUUUAAACAUAGAAGUUGAAAACAGUAGCUCUGGAGAUAGUGAUAAUGAAUAUCAUGGUUUGAGUGACCCAGAUGUUUCAAAACUUUUUGAAGAUGAAGGCUGGAAUGAAACAGUUCAAAACAUACUUGGAACUUCAAAUGCAACACCUCAACCAGAUUUCUUAGCAAUGAUAGGGGGAGGAUUUAAAAAACCAAAUUCGAAUCUGCUUGAAGGAGAGCAAAGUAAUCCUGGCAUAGCUGAAGAGAGGGAAAAUUCAGAAAUGUUAGAAGAAAAUAACAACGAUCCUAACAAUAAUUUGGAUGGAGGAGUUUUAGAAGAAGAGCCAGUUAGUAACAAUAACAAUGCAUUAAUAUCAGAAGUAACAGAUUCUGUACCUGGCUGCAGUAAAGAUACAAAUGCAGUCAUAGCAAUGGAUUUUUGGUCAAGUAAUGAAAAAAAUCUUCCGAAUCAUAACUUUCAUCAAUCAACAAGUCCAGUUCCAGGGUGUAGUAAAGAUUUUGAUGAUUCACAUAACCUUGAAUCAGUCUCAAUGUUUGCAGAUGAAUCCAUUCAAAAAGAUGCAAUUUGUAUUCAAGAAAUUAUACCAUGGGCUAAUUUGGACACAAUAUAUUCUAUUCUUAAAAAGCAUGGCAAUUCACCUAACAGAAAGCAAUUAACUUUGUGGGAUUUAAUGAGUGAAGUAUCAAGUCAUAUGAAUACUAAAGUUGGCAAACGAAAGCAUAACAAUGACGUAUGUAAAGUACCUAAAAAGAGUCCUAAAAUGAAUGAUGUUGACGAAUCAUCGCUAGAUUUGCUUCCGAAUACGCAAUCAAAUAAUAUGGCUUGCAAUGAAUCUUCUAACGAUUCUCAGUCUUCCAAAACAGAGUAUAAUAAAUCUAUUAGCUCUGAAGUAACAGACACAAAUCAAAAGAAGCAUAUAUUCAAUAGUGAUACGCCUAAAACGCUAUUUUUUAACAAGAAAGAUUCAAGAGAUUCUGUUAAAUCCAUUGAUUCCCUAAAUAAAUCAACAAAUAACACCAAUAUCAACUGUAUUAUAAUGGAUGAAACGGCAAAUUUAAUGCCAGCUGAACCAAUGAAAAAUCAGUUCUUUAAUAACUCAGCAGACCUUCUAGUUCCUAAAUUGAAUUAUAAUCAUCAUCAUUCCUUAAAAUUCGCAGACCGUCCUGUUAGAAAAGAAAGAAAUGAAACGAUUGUUAGUGGUUCACUUAAAGAUUAUUCAAAUACACUGCCAGUUCAUGCUUGUGUUUCACCAAAUGAUUCUGAAAGUAACAAAAUGGUAAAUGGUAUCAAAAUGUUAGGGGAUAUUUUUGAUAACUCAUCAAGCAAACCUGCUAAAAAUUCAGAAAAAGAAUUGGGCACAAUCAAAAAAGAAUUAAUGGAUAUGGCUGAUUUUUUUAAAAAUAACGAACCUUUUUCACGAGAAGACCCCAGUAUAGCAAAAGAUGCAGCAAAGUUAAAACAAAAUGGUGCUGAAAUAAUAAAACCAUCAAAGCUUGAAGUCCAGCAGAACUCGCCAGUUCGAAUUUUGACCACACCGACAACAACUUCUUACAUACGCGCAUCGAACUUUAGUUACACAAACACUAAUUUAAAUGUAAACCAGCAGAAAAUAGCUGUAAGAAAGGAUUUAGGGUAUCAGACGUUAGAGCGAUUAGCCGUUGUAAACAACAAACUAACUGCUAUACGACAGCGAAAAGUAUCUAGAGUCAAUGUAAAGUCAGGGUCAUUUUCUGCAAACAUAGAAAAUCCGUUUUCUUCAAAGCCAAAAAAUGAGAUUCUAACUGUUAAACCGGUCACAGCAGCCGAAGUUCGGCAAAGGCAAGCUUUAGUACCAAAUUCAUUUUGGCCAGGUCCUGCAUUAAUAACAUCAAAACACAAACCUAUAGCAGCACCAAAAUUAAAAACUCUACCAUCAGGACUUGUAAUAGAACAAAAUGAACACCAAAACCGAACAUCAGUACCGAAACUCAAAAUGUUAGGGCCCCAUGCCUCACCUAAUACUAAUUCUAUUAAGCCUGCAGAUCCAUCAAAGAUGUUUCCGAUGCUAGAUCUACCAAAACUUCUGCCCACAGCAACAGUUACAUCUUCACCAAUGCUAGCACAGACGGUGAAUUUAGAAAAUAAACCAUCAACCUCUGGCGGAACUUAUGAAAUGCAAAAAAUUAUAUUUCAACCCUCAACUGUAGCACUUGAUCCCAAAAUCUACAAUAAAUUACGAUCAAUGUUCCCUGAUGUGAGAAAGUCUUACGUCAAAAAAAUUUGUAUGAAUCCUCCAGGUGGAGCUUAUUUAAAUAAGGACCAACUUUUGGAUGCAUUAAUCAAUCAUCUUCUCAAAGAAGGCGAUGCUCAUUUACGGACUAUAAACUAUAUGGCUGAACAAGAACAUCAGAAUAAAAUUAGCACAUUAAGCGUGGAUGAAAAAUAUGAGUAUCUUUUGGGAAUUUUCCCAGAUGCCGAUCCAACUUAUUUAAGAGAUUUCGUAGAAAAAAGUUGUAGUACUGAACAAAUAUUGCAAGAGUUUAUCCAACAGAAGCUUGAAAAGAAAGACUAUCCUACAAAAGCUCAGUAUCUUGCUAAAAUCAAAAUAACAGAACAAAUAAAACAAUAUACGACAGAUUUUAAAGUUGAACAGUUUCUCGAGUUGUUUCCGGAUCCAUUUAAGCAUUUUGAAGAUCAAAGUCGGAAAUGUGAUUAUCAACCGAUUGCAAUGGAAUUUUUAAAGUCAUUUUUCAACAGAAAUAAGGUAAAUACGAUUUCUCGUCAGUACUUGCAAAGUGGAUACAACCUAAGCCUUACAGCCAAAGCAUUGUCAGAAAUUGGUUCUGAUAUGAAGUCAAAAAGAAUGACUCCUGAAAUGCCAACUGAAAAUAUUCCUUUGCUUCAGGAAAUGGCUUUCGUUAAAAAUAAGAAAUAUAUUCAAAAUCACGUAGACACGUUAAAAGCUAAAGAAGAAGAAUUAUUCAAAGCGUUACAAGAAAAAAAUCUGUUGAUAACUUGCCAAUGCUGUUUUAAUGACGAGUGUAUGCCAACUAAGAGUGCAGAGUGUAACAGUGGUCACAUAUUUUGUUUUGAUUGCAUUAUAAGAGGAACCGAAUCUAAAUUAGCAGAUGGAGAAGCUCAUGUCAAAUGUUUUACAAAUUGCGAGAGUGAGUUUUCUUUGGCAACCCUUCAAAAAAUAUUACCUCCAACGACAUUUAGUGCUCUUCUGAAGAAAAGACAAGCUGCUGAAAUUAUGGCUGCAGGAAUGGAUGAUCUGGUAUCAUGUCCAUUCUGUCACUUUGCUAGUAUACCACCACCUGAGGAUAGAAUAUUUAAAUGUUUGAACCCAGAAUGUAUGAAAGAGACUUGCAGGCAAUGCAAAGAAUUGAAUCAUAUACCUUUGAGGUGCGAUGAAGUUAUUAAAACGGAUAAAGCUCGUCAUUUAAUCGAAGAAAAAAUGACGCAAGCAUUAUUACGCACAUGUUACAAUUGUAAAAAACAAUUUUAUAAAGAAGAUGGAUGCAAUAAAAUGCAAUGUUAUUGUGGUGCUUUAAUGUGUUAUUUAUGUGAUAAACCUGUAAAAGGUUAUAGUCAUUUUAAUCCUCAGGGUGGAUCGAAUACCCAUCUUUGUCCUUUGUGGAGUGACGAUCGUCGUUUGAAUGCUGAAUCUGUUAGAAAAGUAGCAGAAGAAAUGAAAAAAGCCAUGCAAAAGGCUAAUCCAAAUUUAGAAAUUGAUAUGGAUUCAUUAUUACCAAAACUGCCGCCUAGAAGUAAAGGAGCCCAUGAUGACAUACCAAAUGCAAACCAGUUACCUGAUCAUGUUCGAAGAGUAGCUGCACCAUAAACAGUCUUGGUUAUGAAACAGAAGUUGAAAUAAGGUUGGGAGCCAAAGAAUAAAAGUGCGAUGAGUUUCGUAAUGUUUGUUUAACAAUUUAAUGAUCAUCGUAAAUUUAUGAUGUUAAUUUUCGUUACGUAUUUAUACAAGUUUCAAAGUAUUAGUAUGUUAGGAUAUCGAGGAAAAAAAAUGAUUUGCUAUUCUUCCUUUUCUAUAUCAUCUUAAAUGAUCGAAGCGACAUAAUGUACAUUUCAUUUACAUAUGUUAAUAUCUCAUAUAUUUCACAUGUUUUGGUUGGAAAUCCUUAAAAAAAAACGUUUGUACGGUAGUAUUUAAAGGAAUUGUUAAAUUUUCAUUUAAAAAUUUCCAAAAUCGUAGAUUAUUAUUUGUUUAACGUUUGUAAAUUUUGUGUAUGGUGGAGUCGUAAAUGAGUAUGUUUAAUAUAAAGUCUGAGACAUAAUUUUUAUAAAAAUAAUGACAACUCUUCCAAACAUUCUGGUCGAUAGUACUGUAAUUAAAAUCCUGAUCAGUUUUAAAGUCUUAAAAUGUUUUAACCUGUAUCGCCAUAAAAAUUGUACCUGAUGGCGUCUUUGAUCAAUGGUAUUGAGAUUCAUUUUCAAAUAUUAACAACCAUUUUUCAAAUACGCCUUUAUCGUGUAAACAAUGUCGUGUCUGGUACACGUUUAAGAGAAAGUUGCAGGAUGAAUAGUUUCUAGCAAAAAAUUAAUGUAAUUAAGCAUAGUAUGUAAAACAAAAAAACUUUUUUACCGUGAUAAUUAAUAAAAAUCAAGUUGCUAUAAC